AUGAUGGAGGCAUUCUUCUCUACGACCCGAUUGGACUUCGAUUUCACUCACCACACCUCCCGAUCCCAGUCCCAGUCCCAGUCCCAGUCCCACCCAUUUAUGCUUCUUUCCGGCCCUCCUUCCUGCGGGAAAACGUCUUUACUCUUCCAGUUUGCUUUCAACGCUGCAUUGGAAGCUGAGGAUGAUCGUCAAGUUGUCUUCAUAUGCAACCGUAGCAGGAUAGAAAUCGCCCCUCCUUUUCUCUCUCAGGGCAUUCUACCAUCUUCUGAUACCUUUAAACGCAUUCAAAUGAAGUAUGUGGAAGAUGAUGAAGGGAUCAAGAAAUAUUUUGCUGCGUUUCACCUGCACGAUACAUUUCCUAUAGCCGUGGUUAUUGAUGAUUUUGGAGACUUUUUUGAUGAAAGGAAAUGCCAAGAGAGUUAUGGUAAUCCUCGUGGAAGAGAUUUAGCAAUGGUUCGGAUUUUAGCUUUGUGCCACAACGCAGUAAUGUCUGCAAAUGACAAAGGAAACUGCAAGCUUUUGAUCUCUGAUACACACCAUGGAGACUCCCCGAGAUUGCUUUUCCUCUAUAAAAGAUGGGUUCCAUCCAUUUUCACCAUCAAAGGUGAUGGCAAUGGAUCAUUUCUUCUGAGAAGUAACAACAAUGUGGGAAGUGACAACUCGGAGAAAAUGAAGAUUGCAAAGUACUCGUUAGUUCAUCAGUGUCUAUUUUUGGAGGGGAUCACUGAGAAUGAGGAGAUAGACAAUAAUGUCGUUGUAUACUUUCAGCAUGCAGUUCUUUUGGAUUAUGUGACUUCUAGUUCCAAUUUCUGUAAAACAUGUGUCAAUGUGAAUUUGGUGCGGAAGUCGGAAUCUCACACUUCUGCUGUGGCUUGGCUUUGGCUUGUUAAAAUGCUUCGCGUAGUUUCAACAUCAGGUGGAUUUGCAAAUAACCUGAACUUCAAAUGA